AUGUUCGGUCGACCAAGCGUUCGACCUGCUGGUCGUCCAGCAGCAUCACCAAAUAAUCGAACACCUGUUAAUACAGGUAAUGGAUCAAUGGGACGACCACAGCCUGUCGCACGAGGACCACCAAGUCGAUAUGAAGAUGAAUCACCUCCGCCACAAGCUCGUAAUGUUGGCAGACAACAAAAGACAACGGGUGGUGCUGGUUAUGGUGAAUAUGAUCAUUUAUAUAAAAAUGCGCCUGGAGGCAAUGGAAGUCCACCAGCGAUGCCUCAAUCUGUUCUAUGUUAUAUUUGUGGACGAAAAUAUGGUACGCAAUCCAUUGAAAUUCAUGAACCUCAAUGUUUAGAAAAAUGGCAUAUUGAAAAUGCUAAAUUACCUCCGAAUUUACGUCGACCUGCACCUCGUAAACCUGAUGUUCAUAUUGGUAGUGGUGGAAAUUACUCACUCGAUCAAAUCAAUGAUGCAGCUUAUGAAGCAUCAAAAUCUCAACUUGUUCCAUGUCCAAAUUGUGGACGUAAAUUUGCUUCUGAUCGUAUUCAAGUUCAUCAACGAAGUUGUAAACCAGGCAAUGCAGCUAAAUCAAUUGGUGCUGCUGCUGGUCCUAGUAGUGGUCCCGGACGAAUGGGAGAUCGAUCUUUACAACAAAAAGGAAAUGCUUCCUAUGAUGAUUUUGAAGGUACGCCAAUUGCUUCUUCAUCACGAGGUGGUGGUGGUGGUGGUGGUGGUGGUGGAUAUGAGACAUAUGAAGAUAAUAGUUACUCAGGGGGUAGCGGUGGUCUUUAUCCAUGUUCUUUGUGCAAUCGUAAAUUUGCAAGUGAUCGUAUUCAACAACAUGAAUCAGCAUGUAGAAAAGCUCAAAAACAACGUCGUGUAUUUGAUUCGACUAAACAACGAAUAGAAGGAACAGAAGCAGCAAGUUUUUUUCGGAAAGGAAAAGGAGCUAAAGGUCGAAAUGAACCUGCUAAACCACAGAUUCCAAAAUCAAAUUGGAGACAAAAACAUGAAGAUUUUAUUCGAGCUAUUCGUUAUGCUAAACAAGCAUCUAGUUAUGAGCAAGCAGGCGGUCGUCUACGUGAUUUACCACCACCACCCCCAUCAUAUAAUCCUGAUUACGUUCAAUGUCCACAUUGUGGACGUAAUUAUGCACCAGGAGUAGCUGAACGACAUAUUCCAAAAUGUGUUAAUAUUCAAAAUAAACCAAGACCAAUUCAAAAUUCUAAUCGAAUGGGAACUCAACAGCAACAACAACAACAGCAACGUAUGGGAGGUGCAGUGGGUAGUGGUAGUAUGCGUACACCUAUUGCCAAUUACGCUAGUUCAAACGGUGGUUUUGGUAACAAUGCUGCUCCUCGACCUCCAAAUCGAUCCGUACGUGGUGGUCGUUAUUAA